UACGAGAAAAAUCAAGGAUUUCAUAGCCCUAAAUGUCAAUAGUUAAUAACCAUCUGGAAGAUACAUAGAUGGAUACUAUUCGAAGAAGACGUUCAGUAGUUUCUCGUAAUACCAACAUUAAGUUCAUACGAAAAUGAAGAAGUGCAUUCUGAUGGUGUUAUUGAUUUCGAUGCGAAAUCUACUAGUAUUUGGAGCACCGACUGCUAAAGAUGCUGAGGCUACAAUAACCUAUUAUAACUGUCAGUUGAAUGAGAAUGGAUACACUUUCAGUUACACGACGAGUAAUGGAAUAACAAGAUAUGAGAAUGGAGUAUUGAUAAGAGAUCCGAACAGAAAGAGUGAUGAAGAUGAAAUUCUAAGAGUUAAUGGUUACUAUUUGUAUACAGGCGAAGAUAACAAUUUGUAUAGGGUGGAUUACAUAGCCGACGAAAACGGAUAUAGAACGUUCAAACCAAUACCUUCUGGUGACGGUGAUGCUCCACCCGCUGUUACCUCUCCAACUCCACAAUAUGCUCCUAGUCUUGGUACCUAUCAACCUCCACAAAUGCACUCAAUUUCUUCAGCAGCCUUAGCCUCCCUUAGUGGCUCAUAAAGAAGCUGAUCAUACAUUUACAAUAUGAUAUAUGUAUACCAAACUAUUUUUUUCAUUAUAAUAUUCUUUUUAUUUCACGAAAUAUUUUCGUCAAUGAUUAUCUAUGUGUUCUUUCGUGUUUCUUUAUUUAUUCUUGAUUCAUAGUGAACAGAAUUCUUUUUCAACAAAUAUAUGAAUAAAGAUAUAACUGAUGAAUGAAGGCCUGUUCCAUAACUUGAGUCUGUUUGAAAUAUCUCUUACAUCCCUUAAAAAUUAUGUUGCUUUGUAUUCAUUAAAAUAUGAGAGGAAUUCAAAUAUUGAAUAUUUGAAUUGAUAUUGGAAAUAUCCAUUUUAUUUAACGCUGCUGUUCUGUUGUAGGUUGAAAAAAAUUUGUAGAAUAUCGAAGGCAAAGAAAAACAGAAUCUUGUUUUUAUGUGUAGUGAAAAGUAGAAGAAAUAAAUUAUUUUUGCAUGAGAAACAAGGCUUUGAUUACCUCAGUUGAAAUGAUUUGAGACACUUGUUCUCACAAGCCUCUGUUGAAGCGGAAUUUUCACCAGCAAAAUUGUUCUCCAUGGACACGAACAGAUGGUUAUGACUUGGAGCCAGGUCCGAGCUAUAAGGUAGAUGCAUAAGAACCUCCCAAACAAGAUCCCAGAGCUUGUGUGUGUCGUGGCGUCGUCCUGAUUGAACACAAUUCCUCUCCCAUUGGCCAAAACCGGCUGAUUCUGGACGAUUACUUCCUCCAGAUGGUCCAAUUCUUGACAGUUCAGUUCUGAGUUAACAGUUAUGCAAGAUGAGUAGCUCAUAGCGUAUAAUUCCCUGCCAAUCCCACCAAACACAAAGCAAAACCUUCCUGGCCGUCAAUCUUAGCUUGACCAUCGUUUCCGCCGGCUCACCACGUUUCAACCACGACCGUUUCUGCUUGACGUUGUCGUGAGUGAUCCACUUUUCAUCGUCAGUCACCAACUGCUACAAAAAUUGGUCGAUUUAGUUGUGAUUCAGCAGCAAUUCGCAGAUGCAAAUUCGGUCUAUGAGGUUUUUUUUCGUUACCUCAUGUGGUACCCUACUUUGAGCUCCUUCUUGUGACUAGCCCUAUGCAAAUGGUUCCAAACGGUUUCUUGUAGAAUCUUAAGUUCUUGAGUAAUCGAAACAGUGCUUAUAUGAAGGUCGGAUUUGACAAUGUCAACGAUUUUAUGGACAUUUUCUCCACUGGACUUGCGUGGUUGAUCUUUGACAUCGAAAUUACUGGAACGGAAUCGACGAAACCAAAAUUGCAUGAUUGGCAGUUACAGGACCAUAACCACCAUUUACUUUUUCAGCAGCCCGGCUUGCAUUUUCGACUCCAUUGAAGGAAAACUGUGAAAUAUAGCGUAUUUUCUCUUUUCUAGUGUCCAUCUUCGACUCGCGCUCUAAUUGAACUGAUUCAACUAAUCACAAAACUGUCAGGAAACUUUUUGUAGUACGAAAUCUCUUCUUUAUUACGAUAUCUAGUGGAACACUAUAGAGAUAUAGAUAACUAAAUACAUUUUUUUACUACACCAAUAUUCCAGAAUCGUUGAAGGUUCAAUUAUUUUACACUUCUAUCAAAUAAUGCAUUAUUAUUAAUAAUAGUCCCACUUAUGUUGAAUCUGUCAUUAUUUUAUUGAUCUUUCAAAUAAAGUAACUGCUGAUUUUACCAGAAAAUUCGUU